UUUUCCAUUUCCUUUUUCAUUUGCAGGCUUACGCUAACCACUACAUCAACUUAGGUACGACAAACAGAGAAGGAACCAUGGCGCCCACAAUCUGCUCAGAGAAGAAACCGCGGCAAAUACGCACAAAUCUCAAGGAAAUACGCCGCCAGCCAAAUACAACAUCUGCGCUAUUGUCAUCGGUAGCGGUGGCAUCCGCGUCAGUGGCGGCAGGCAUGGGUGGUAGUGGAGGCGCGGCAACUAACAACAGUAAUGGCAAUGCGCCCAUUGCCACAAGCAUUAUUAACUAUGCGGGCAGCGCACGUAACUCAGCACCACUGCGCGUACGCGGUAGGCUCAAUACUGGUGCGGCUGAAAAAUCCUUCCUCGAGCCAUUGCGCAUAAAUAGACUGCAGCUGCUGGAGCGUGAUCAACAAAUAUCCGACAAUGUUGUCUCCUCAUCGACCCCAACAGGAUUGAAAUUGAUGCGCGCCAUCACAGCCGAACAAAUGGAUCUCGACGAUGACAUCACCGACGAAGAAGACUGCGAAGUACAUUCCAUAACAAGUGGGGCGCAAUGCUAUAAUAGACACAACAACAACAACACCAGCAGCCACAACAUUAAAACAGUAUUCACAGCACCCACGCUGCAUGACAAACAAUCACUGCCACCCAAAACAGCAACAACAACAACAACAACAACGACCUUUGCGAACAAUCAGCAUAGCCAGAAACAUUACCAGCAGCAAUAUUACGCCGCUAGUGAUGACGACGAACAUGAUUCAAGCAUAUGUGAGAUUAAAAAUACCGAAGGCUUAUUGGCAAUCGCACUAAAAACCAUCAAACUGGUGAAACGUAAUCAAAUGUUGCAACGCCGUUUGGCGCAGCUGCAGCUGGAAACUUCCGAAUUCAUACAAUCAGUGUUGGCAAAUCCAGAGAAUCGUCACUUUCGCAACAAAAUGCAAAAGCCUUCAUCGCCAUCGGUCACGUCUGCCACAUCGCCCAGUGUAACGCCUUUGCAGGCGUUGCAAUCACCAACAGCGACGACGGCUGACAAUUGAGCGUAGUAGAUUUCUCAUAGAAAAUACAUAUGUACAUCCAGCUAUGCAUUUGCAUGGUUCCGGCGAUAUGUUGCUGUUGGCGUGCUUCAAAGCGCUUUUUAGCAACAUGUUCCUCACUAAUAAUAAUGUUGCGAUGCACAAAUCAGCUAUUAAACACAUAUAUACAAGCGCUUAUAGUACACACAAGCAAGCGCACGCGCGCCUGUCUCACCGAUGUGCUUUCUGCGUAGCUUUUGUUAAGCCAGCAGUUGCGGGUUGUUUUGUUGCAUACUUGUAGGCGCAUCGCGAUUUCACCUCAAAUUGUGAUAAACAAAAAAAAAAAGUAAAUAAAUAAAUCGAAGCAUAACACAGCGUUGCCGCUUUACUAAAAUACUUAGCUGCUAGUAAUCAACUCCACUUAUCUACAAACUUCAUACAUACAUACAUACAUACAUAUGUCUACCCUCUACUACUAAGAAUUAACUAUGUAUAGAUAUUUAUUCAAUUAUGUACGUUCAUAAUGUUAGAAAACAUACAAAAUACAGCUAAAAAUACUAUUCAAACACCAAAAUAUCUAGUCACAACUGGUAUUCUCUCACAAAUGAUGCUUAAGCGCAUGAGUGUAAGCUUAAAAGCACGGUUAGUCUAGACUUAAUAUAAGUUAACUUAACUUAGCUUAACUUCUACGGAGGGUUCAUACGGUCCACUUGAUGAGUAGUGCUCUUCUGCAACGUCUGUAAAAAAUAAAGCUUAACUUAACUUAACGCAACCUAACUUAACUUAACUUAACCUAAUUUGACUUAACUUAACGUAACAAAUUGUCAAUAAUUUCUCAGCACGCCAACCAAAGUCAGUCAGAUGCGAGAAUAUUUUAUGUUUAUAAUUUCUUUUUCAGCUGUUUGACAGCUCACCACGUUCAAGUUCCCUAAUGCAGUAACUUAAGAAUUUAAAAUUUGCAGGUUCUUAAGGUCUGAUAAUGGCAACUUAAUGAAAGCUACACUUAAAAAUUAUCCUAAAUGGAUGCUGCUUAUAUUUGGACAGGCGAAACUUAACGUAGCUUAAUGCAACACCAAAGUCUGUUUCAUUUUGAUUUUCUAAAUUCUAAGUUACGUAAAGUAAAGUUAAGUAAAUUAAGUCAAGGCUAACUGAGCUUUAACGCGGGCUGGGAGAGGCGGAAAAGUGAGAGCGUGAGCGCUACAAAACACUUUCUAUAUAGCAAAAUUUUAGGCAUUGUAGUGAUCUCAAUAAAUUAUCUGAAAGUACUGAAUUUAAUCCAAAUAGUUAUAUCACUUGCGCUAUUCUCUGUAGGAAAAAUAAAAUGCUUUUGUAGAUCAAGCCAACUCAUCAAAUAUAUAAAUAGAUAAUUUUACGAAACUUCGCAACGUUAAGCCAAAAAAAAAAACUGCUAUGUGAAGUCGAAAAUGCUUUUCAAAAAUAGAAAAA